GGGCGGAACAGGCAACCCGCGACCUGAUUGUCGCCACCUCGGGGCAGGGACUCGUCGCAUCCUUCCUCAUUGGGACAUUCUUCCCCUUAAGUAUAAAAGCAGCUCUCGGGAUCUGCGGAAAGGGAGCGGGGUUUCUGCUUACCACGCGAGACAGCAGCGACCACGUCUGACAGCGCCGGCGAAGAAGAUGGAAGUCACGCUGGGCUACUGGGAUAUCCGAGGGUUGGCUCACACCAUUAGAAUGCUCUUAGAGUAUACAAAGACCCCCUAUAAAGAUAAAUACUAUGUUCUCGGUGGAAAAGUGCAAGACAAUGAACUGGAAUCAGAAAAUACUUCAAAACAAGUUGGAAUGCUUGGCAUUGUUCCUAAUAUGGAUAUGACUGACUGGACAAGUGUGAAGGAGAAGCUGGGCUUGGACUUCCCAAAUCUCCCCUAUCUUAUUGAUGGCGACAGAAAGAUUUCCCAAAGCAAUGCCAUCCUGCGAUACAUUGCCCGCAAGCACAACAUGUGUGGUGAGACUGAAGAAGAAACAAUCAAGAUAGACAUGCUUGAGAACCACCUCAUGGAUUUCCGUUUGGGCUUUGCAAAAUUGUGUUACAGUCCAGAUUUCGAAAAACUAAAGCCUGACUAUUUGGAAUUACUACCUGGGAAACUCAAGCUGUUUUCUCAAUUCCUGGGGGACAGGCAGUGGUUUGUAGGAAGAAAGCUCACCUACAUAGAUUUCAUUGUUUAUGAUGCGUUAGAUACACAUCAAAUGCUGGAACCAAAGUGCUUGGAUCAGUUCCCAAAUCUGAAGGAGUUCCUACAUCGCUUUGAGGCCUUGGAGAUGAUUGCUCCCUACCUGAAAUCAAGUCGCUGCAUCAGAAGUCCCAUCUUUUGGAGUUGUGCCACGUGGGGCAACAAAAAAAUCUAGAAGAGACCACAAGUUUCAGGAGGAUAACAACUGGAAUUGCCGUAUGAAUGAGGGACCUUCAUGAGUUCUCCAUAUUUCCAAACUUGAUGAUGACUCUAAGGCAUCUGUUCACCUAAUAAAGAAUAU